AUGCGGGAGUUCCCAUGCGUCUACAUAAUAUUUGAUGCGCUUGACGAGUGUUCUGGGCGAACGGAGCUAAUGGACAUCCUGAAGACUAUGUCUGCCUGGCAGCUUGAGAAUACACAUAUGCUCCUAACGAGCCGCAAAGAACGAGAUAUACAGAGUUCUUUAGAGAUUUUCAUAUAUGAGCAGAGUCAUAUAUGCCUCCAGAGUGAACGAGUGGACAAAGAUAUACAGAAAUACGUACAGCAGCGACUAUCCAACGACAAGGACUUCAAUCGGUGGGAAAAAGACCCUACCGUGAGGCAGGAUAUCGAGACUACUCUGGUUAAAGGAGCGCAAGGAAUGUUUCGAUGGGCCGUCUGCCAGCUGGACACGUUGGCGAAAUGUCGCACUCGGGCAGCGCUACGGAGAGCGCUUGUAACGCUUCCACCAACGCUUGACAAGACAUAUGAUCGUAUUCUGUCCGCAAUCAGCGAAGAUGAUUCGCGGUAUGCCAUCACUAUUUUACGGUGGCUGACGUUUGCAGCUCGGCCGCUAUCACUGGGCGAAGUCGCUGAAAUCGUUGCGAUCAAUUUGGAUGAUGAAGCCACAUUCGAUCGUGAUGAGGUUCUCGAAGAUCCGUUGGAUGUGUUGAACAUCUGUUCUAGCAUGGUUACUAUAAGUACGGAGGAGAGCGAAACGCAAGGCCCAGCAAAACAGAUUGUAGUGCUUGCACAUUACUCAGUCAAAGAGUAUCUCAUAUCAGACAGAAUACAGAAAGGUUCCGCAGCUCACUACAGCAUGCAACUUGCUGUGUGCCAUGACGCUAUUGCGAGAAGCUGUCUUGGAUACCUCCUCCAGUUCCAAGGAGUCAAAAUGCUCAGCCACAAUAAUGCAAAAGAAUUCAGACUGGCAGAUUAUUCAGCCAUGUUCUGGAUAGAGCAUGUUCGAAUGACGAACGAGCAGACAGAAUGGUGCUCUCAAGAGGCGAUAAUCCUACUUUCAGAAAAGAGCGACGUGUAUGUGAACUGGCUUCGAAUUCAUACUCCAGGCAUGCCAUGGAAGGGCUCCAACUUCCAGAGGAGCCUACAAUCAAUGCCAUUACCUUUUUAUUAUGCAGGCCUGCUUGGCUUGAAACGGGUUGUAAAGUUGCUGCUCAACGCGGGCGCCGACGUUAACGCCCAGGGCGGAUUGUACGGCAACGCGCUACAAGCAGCUUCAGUAAAAGGCCAUGAGCAGAUAGUCAAGAUACUGCUCAACGCGGGCGCCGACGUUAACGCCCAGGGCGGAUUGUACGGCAACGCGCUACAAGCAGCUUCAGUAGAAGGACAUGAGCAGAUAGUCAAGAUACUGCUCAACGCGGGCGCUGACGUCAACGCCCAGGGUGGAUUAUACAGCAACGCGCUAUACACAGCUUCAGUAGAAGGACAUGAGCAGAUACUUCUAGUCUCAAAAAUCGAUAAUACGCAGCUCCAGGAUCCGUACAACCGGACUCUACUCUGGUGGGCUGCAGCCGGCGGCCAGUCUCAUACUACAAUAGUCCUUGUUAGCCAGUACCAUCACGACCUUCAGAUCACGGACAAGUUUGGGCGCUCGCCAUUGUGGAUUGCUACCAAAAAAAGUCACCGUGAAGUGCUGGAAUUCUUAUCGGAAGUGUUGCGGCUGACUUCCACUUUUAUCACUGCGAAUAUUGCUCAAAUGGAAAUUGGUGUGUUUGCGAAGACUGUUAGAAAAGAGGUGCUCAUUGUGCGGAGGAGACACAUACCUUAA